AGGGUACAGUAGGCUGGAGAGGUGGCAACACUGAGGUCAUUUGGAGUGUGGGAUCGGCUUGCUUCUGAAUCUGUACUGUUGACCAAUCAGCAACGAAGGGGCGUAGACUUUGUCUCCUAACUUUGGCUUGCCUCCAGAAAAAAGUGUGUGCCAGAACAGCACAAAAAAACUUAACUUAAGUCCAAAACGAAGACACUUAAACAUCACAAAAGGCUGUCAUAAUACAGUGAAUUCAGAAAGUAUUCACACCCCUUCCCCUUGUCCACAUUUUGUUACAUUAGCCUUUUUCUAAAAUUGAUUAAAUAAAUUUUUUCCCCUCAGUCGCACAAUACCCCAUAAUGACAAAGCAAAAACUGUUUUAUUUUAUUUUAACAAAUGUAUUAAAAAUUAAAAACAGAAAUACCUUAUUUACAUAAAUAUUCAGACCCUUUGCUAUGAGACUUGAAAUUGUGCUCCGGUGCAACCUGUUUCCAUUGAUCAUCCUUGAGAUAUUUGUACAACUUGAUUGAAGUCCAACUUUGGUAAAUUCAGUUGAUUGGACAAAAUUUGGAAAGACAACACCUGUCUUUAUAAGGUCCCACAGUUGACAGUGCAUGUCAGAGCAAAAACAAAGCCAUGAGGUCGAAGGAAUUGUACGUAGAUCUCCGAGACAGGAUUGUGUCGAGGCACAGAUCUGGGGGAAGGGUACAAAACAUGUCUGCAGCAUUGAAGGUCCCCAAGAACACAGUGGCCUCCAUCAUCCUUAUUUGGAAGAAAUUUGGAACCACCAAGACUCUUCCCAGAGCUGGCCGCCCGGCGAAACUGAGCAAUCAGAGGAGAGGAGGUGGCCAAGAACCCGAUGGUCACUCUGACAGAGCACCAUAGUUUUUCUGUGGAGAUGGGAGAACCUUCCAGAAGGACAACCAUCUCUGCAGCACGCCACCAAAUCAGGCCUUUAUUGUAGAGUGGCCAGACGGAAGCCACUCCUCAGUAAAAGGCACAUGACAGCCCGUUUGGAGUUUGCCAAAAGGCACCUAAAGGACUCGCACACCCUGAGAAACAAGAUUCUCUGGUCUGAUGAAACCAAGAUUGAACACUUUGUCCUGAAUGCCAAGUGUCAUGUCUGGAGGAAACCUGGCACCAUCCCUAUGGUGAAGCAUGGUGGUGGCAGCAUCAUGCGGUGGGGAUGUUUUUCAGCGGCAGGAACUGGGAGACAAGUCAGGAUCGAGGGAAAGAUGAACGGAGAAAAGUACAGAGAAAUCCUUGAUGAAAACCUGCUCCAGAGCGCUCAGAACCUCAGACUGGGGCGAAGGUUCACCUUCCAACAGGACAAGGACCCUAAGCACACAGCCAAGACAACACAGGAGUGGCUUCGGGACAAGUCUCUGAAUGUCCUUGAGCCCGGACUUGAAGCCGAUCUCUGGAGAAACCUGAAAAUACCUGUCCAGUGACGCUCCCCAUCCAACCUGACAGAGCUUGAGAGGAUCUGCAGAGAAGAAUGGGAGAAACUCCCCAAAUACAGGUGUGCCAAGCUUGUAGCAUCUUAGCAAAGAAGACUCAAGGCUGUAAUCGCUGCCAAAGGUGCUUCAAACAAAGUACUAAGUAAAGGAUCUGAAUACUUAUGUAAAGGUGAUAUUUCAUUUUUUUUAAUAUAUAUAUAUUUGCAAAAAAUUCAAAAAAACUAUUUUUGCUUUGUCAUUAUGGGGUAUUGUGUGUAGAUUGACGAGGUGGCAAAAAAAAAAUACAUUUUAGAAUUAGGCUGUAACGUAACAAAAUGUGGAUAAAGUCAAGGGGUCUGAAUACUUUCCCGAAUGCACUGUACAGUAUAUGCACAAACUCUCCCAAACUGUUUCGGUUUGGAAGCAUGCAUAUGAGAGUCAGAAUGCAAACCAAAAUUCUAUCGCUCUGAAAUUAAAAACAUAAUGAACCAACUAAAUGUGAGCCCCUCUGCCUUGCUUUGCCCCAUUGUUUAGUAGACCUACUGAAGGUAAGAAUGAUUGAUUCAUGAGUUUGCCUCCACAUGCCCUUUGCACAAAGAGAGUGAGACGAAUACACGGUCACCUCAACAUUACAACCUUUCAUCUUCAGGUUUUCCUGUGAUUGGUCACCCCGCGCUUUUGUCUUUAACCACAUCAAUUUCCUCUCACCCCUAUGCCCUAUUGACCCUUUCAUGUGCGCUGUCUCGAAACAAGACUUUUGCGCUUGUUGUGGCCCUUAAAAAUGGAAAGUGAAUGUGAUGUUUUAUGGUCAGCAACUCAUCAACUAUGAAUAAACCAGCCUCAGAUCUAGGGCAGACACUUCAAAACAAACGUUGACAGGGGGUGUCGCUAAACCUAGGACGCUCCGCUUAUGUAUUGGCCAAAAUGAGAGUGGGCGUGUUUGAAACUCGCCUAGAAAAUACUUCCCCCGCCACCCCCUACCUGAGAUAUUCCGAAGGAGUAGGCAAGACACCUGUAAAGAAUAGACUUAAAUCCAGCCUGUUACAACGAUAGCGCUGCUUGGAUAUAAUUCAACGCAUGGAAUAAGGACGUCAUUUUGCAUCGAUACAGACUGGGCGCUUGAGAAAAACCAAUGCGCAUUUAAAGCUUCCAUCUAUCGAACGCCCAUUUAGUUGUUGAGAACUUUGAUUUGUGUUUUCCCCCAUAGACCGUUUAGGUUUUCCAUUCGAACUCACUAGUGGAUCAACGCUUUAUCAUCAAUUUGUUAACAGGUCUGGAGACAAUGCAUCCCACUAUUCAGAAAGACACUACUUUCACUAAGAUAUUUGUCGGCGGUUUACCUUAUCAUACCAACGAUGCAUCCCUUCGAAAAUACUUCGAGAUGUUCGGGGAUAUUGACGAGGCGGUUGUGAUAACGGACAGACAAACCGGGAAAUCCCGAGGAUACGGAUUUGUGACUAUGAUGGACAGGGAGGCGGCAGAACGGGCAUGUAAAGACCCCAACCCCAUCGUCGACGGUAGGAAGGCUAACGUCAACCUUGCCUACCUGGGAGCCAAGCCCCCCAGCCCACAGACGGGUUUCUCCAUCAGAGUGCAGCAUGUCCACCCCGCCCUGAUCCAGAGGCAGUAUGGAUUGGCCCAGCAGUGUAUGUACCCCCAGGCCUUCCUCCAGUCCAGUCUGGUGCUCCAGUCCCACCUCAGCCCCUCUCAGGCCUCCCUCACUUCUCCAUAUCUGGACUACAGCUCAGCCUAUGCCCCCUACACCUCCACCACCUCCACUGGCCUGGAGCACUACCCCUACACCCCCUCCCCCUCGCUCUCUGCCAGCUACCUCAGCUACCCCUAUACCCCCUCCCCCUCGCCCUCCGCAAGCUACCUCAGCUACCGCUACUCCCCCGCCACACAUAGUCCCACCAUUUCCGCCCCCCUUACCCCGCCCGUCCACCCCUCCCUCAAUCCCUUUGCUGGCCUCUCUGUCCCCCCUGCUGCCUACUUCCAAUACUCCCUCCACCAGCCUGACCACAUGCUGUGAGGGUGGACCUGGGAGAGGGAGGUGUGGUGAUGUUGGGUGAGGAUGAUCAAAGGCGUGCACUGAUGACAACAUGAAUGGAGACUUGGAACAGGAGGAUUAUUGCGCUAUGACCUGUGACAUCAUCAGUAUGAGACUCCCGACAGCCGAUGAGAGAGUGGGUUCUGAAUCCAAAGGGCUUUGUCAAAACGAAACACACUGGGACGUCUUCCUGUUUUUCUAUUAGGGUUAUUAUCCAUUGUUGUCGCAGUUGUUACUAUGCUACUAUUGCUGUUGUCGCCAAUGUUUAUACAAAUGUUUUUAGCUAAUGAUGGAAGUAGGAGCUAUCCCUGUGUCCAAUGCCAAACAUGAUGGAGUCAAUGGAACAUGAGAACUGAAAGAGGGGAAUGAAUGAUUCUGGAUCAACCUAGAUCCUUGCACUCCUCCUUACCAAUACAGAACACCCACUUCGUACACCAAGCCAAGGCCAGCCCUUCAAUGUAGUGGAUGGGGCUUGAAGGUUGGGCGAAGAAGGGUUGGGUAGCCAUUAUAUUUAACUAGAUGCUCCACCUCUCUUUUCUGGAAGUUGUACUGAACGUUUCACUAGCGAUGUGAGAGAGAGGCAGCAUCCUCUUCUGGACAUUUCUUCAGGAAUACCUUUCUCUACGUGGCCUUAUAGCCUCUCUCUGUUUCCAUGUCCUCCAUGAGUGCAAGUAAGUUAUUGCAGAUUGAGAAUCACACUUUCACUGAAUAUGCAAUUAUUAUUCUGAUGGAGUAUGGGAUGAAUAUUUAUAAGGUAGGCAACAUUGUAACAUGCUUUUUAUAUCAAUGUUACUCUAACUUAAUCAUGUCAAGUCAGAUUUUUGUAAAGAAGGUAUUUCCAUAUUCAUGUUUAUCCUCAGAGACCUGCAGCAGCUGGGGUAACUGACUAUCUCAGUAUUGUUUAAAGUGAGCAGAGGCAGAAACUACAGGCUAAUGGAGGAUGUAUGAUCUGGUUGUAGAAUAGUAAUGUAAUGUUUUAAUGAUACAAGUGUUGUCCAUCAGGUGAGUUGAUGUCUGCAGAGAACCUGACUGAUGCUAUGGGCUAGACUCAUGUAUGUGUACAGUCGUGGCCAAAAGUUUGUAGAAUGACACAAAUAUUAAUUUUCACAAAGUCUGCUGCCUCAGUGUCUUACGAUAUUUUUGUCAGAUGUUACUAUGCUAUACUGAAGUAUAAUUACAAGAAUUUCAUAAGUGUCAAAGGCUUUUAUUGACAAUUACAAGAAGUUGAUGCAAAGAGUGAAUAUUUGCAGUGUUGAUCCUUUUUCAAGACCUCUACAAUCCACCCUGGCAUGCUGUCAAUUAACUUCUGGGCCACAUCCUGACUGAUGGCAGCCCAUUCUUGCAUAAUCAAUGCUUGGAGUUUGUCUGAAUUUGUGGGUUUUUGUUUGUCCCCCCGCCUCUUGAGGAUUUACCGCAGGUUCUCAAUGAGAUUAAGGUCUGGGGGGUUUCCUGGCCAUGGACCCAAAAUAUCGAUGUGUUAUUCCCCGAGCCACUUAAUUAUCACUUUUGCCUUAUGGCAAGGUGCUCCAUCAUGCUGGAAAAGGCAUUUUUCGUCACAACUGUUCCUGGAUGGUUGGGAGAAGUUGCUCUUGGAGGAUGUGUUGGUACCAUUCUUUAUUCAUGGCUGUGUUCUUAGGCAAAAUUGUGAGUGAGCCCAGUCCCUUGGCUGUGAAGCAACCCCACACAUGAAUGGUCUCAGGAUGCUUUACUGUUGACAUGACACAGGACUGAUGGUAGCGCUCACCUUGUCUUCUCCGGACAAGCUUUUUUCCGGAUGCCCCAAACAAUCGGAAAGGGGAUUCAUCAGAGAAAAUGACUUUACCCCAAUCUUCAGCAGUCCAAUCCCUGUACCUUUUGCAGAAUAUCAGUCUGUCCCUGAUGUUUUUCCUGGAGAGAAGUGGCUUCUUUGCUGCCCUUCUUGACACCAGGCCAUCCUCCAAAAGUCUUCACCUCACUGUGCGUGCAGAUGCACUCACACCUGUCUGCUGCCAUUCCUGAGCAAGCUCUGUACUGGUGGUGCCCCGAUCCUGCGGCUGAAUGAACUUUAAGAGACGGUCUUGGCGCUUGCUGGACUUUCUUGGGCGCCCAGAAGCCUUCUUCACAACAAUUGAACUGCUCUCCUUGAAGUUCUUGAUGAUCCGAUAAAUGGUUGAUUUAGGUGCAAUCUUACUGGCAGCAAUAUCCUUGCCUGUGAAGCCCACGGUUGACAGAGGAAGAACAAUGAUUCCAAGCACCACCCUCCUUUUGAAGCUUCCAGUCUGUUAAUUGAACUCAAUCAGCAUGACAGAGUGAUCUCCAGCCUUGUCCUCGUCAACACUCACACCUGUGUUAAUGAGAGAAUCACUGACAUGUCAGCUGGUCCUUUUGUGGAAGGCUGAAAUACAGUGGAAAUGUUUUUUGGGGGGGAUUCAGUUCAGUUGCAUGGCAAAGAGGGACUUUGCAAUUCAUCUGAUCACUCUUCAUAACAUUCUGGAGUAUAUGCAAAUUGCCAUCAUACAAACUGAGGCAGCAGACUUUGAAAAUUAAUAUUUGUCAAUAUUUGUCAUUCUCAAAACUUUUGGCCACGACUGUAUACGUCAAAUGUAUACACGCGUGACUAAGUCGCUUUGGAUAAAAGCGUCAGCUAAAUGGCAUAUAUGUGUGGGGGAUACAGUAUUUGUCGGUGUGUGAGUGCGUGUCAGUGUAUGAGUCAUGUGUGUUUUGGUUAGGCAAGUGUCAUCCCCUGGCCCCCAUUGUAAGCCAUUGUGAGAGUCAGUGUUGUGCCAUCGUCUCUGAGCCAGCUGCAGUUUAGGGUACAGAGCUGCUCCAGGAAUCUCUAUGUGCGGUACCACCUUAUUUACAUGUAUAAUGAAGCCAUACAACCACAUCAGAAAUAUGUAUAAUAAAAAUAAUUUGUUAUUACA